UUUUAAGAACUCAGAAUUUAUUUAAUGGGAGGAUUAUUUUUUAAAAAAGGAGUAGAUAAACUUUAACCAACAACAAAAUCAUUCUUUGAAUUUGAAUUGAAUAAUAUAGAUGGAUAGAGAACUUAACUCUCUUAAUUCAAAGGCAAAAAAGCAUACAUUUGCGUAAAUGUUGCAUGCUCUUGUGGAUUAACAUCUUCAAAUUAUAGUGAGCUUGUCGAACUCUAUAAAACUUAUAGGUAAAAAAUAAUAAAAUUUAAGUGCUUAAGGUCUGGAGAUUUUAGGUUUUCCAUGUAAUCAAUUUAUGGGUUAAGAAUCCAAACCUGAACCUGAAAUUAAGGAAUUUGUUCUUUCUAAGUAUGGUGUCUCAUUCCCAUUGUUUUAGUAUUUAUUUAAAAAUAUUGUAGAAAAAUUGAAGUUAAUGGUUAAAACACUCAUGAGGUUUAUAGAUAUUUGAGAUUAAACAGUUCACUUAAAGUAAGUUAAAAUGAAGCAAAAGAAGUACCAUGGAAUUUUGGAAAAUUCUUACUUAAUUCAUAGGGUCAAGUAGUGAAUUUUUAUAAUCCUGAUGUAAAACCAAAAGAGAUGAAGUAAGAAAUAGAAAAAUUGUUAAAUUAAUGAUUGUAUUAUUAACAUAGACAUAUUAAAACAUCA